ACAUGGAGGCUGUCCCGGGGGAAGGCUUUCUUGUCACCGAAGUGGAAAGGGAGAAAACGGGGCUGGAAGUCGGCGACGUGCUCACGCAGAUAGGAUACACCAGUCUGCAGGUGAAAAACUUGCACAUAGAAGAUGUACGAGCGCUGAAUAAGAAUGUUGCGCUUGAGACAAGCAGUCCACCGGGAGCUGUCAACCUGACCGCCGCUCAGCUGCACUUGAAGGCGUUGGAAGACGAUGAGGAAGACGAAACAGUUCUAGAGUACCACGAAUCCUUCGUCGAGGAAAUGACGAAGCGGUUGCAAAACUCUUUGCAGCAAAUCCGGGACGAGGUCGAGAAGAUUGAUAGUUCAUUAUCGCAAGGUAAGAAUCUCAAUCUACUUCAAGCCGGUGGACAAGAAGAAGUUGUUCCACCUGCGGGUCGUGCGAGAAGAGCUCCCUCGCGUCUUGACCACGGCAUCGCAGUUCCAGCCUGCGUGGCGCACGAGAAAUCGAUUUUGUUUGAAGGGUUCGAGGAGGAGGUAGAGGAGGAAGAAGAAGAGCAUCAUCCUGACGGCACCAAAAUAAGAGCAGCCACUGAUCAUCAUGUGUCUACUACUUCCCCUAGUACACGAUCCCGCUCCCGGUCUCCCAACAAGAAACGCCCCGCGGCGCAGAUGCGAAAAUACCUGUGGCGAACAUCCGUGGGGUUAGCAGUGAAAAGGUUGAAUGUGGCCAUUGUGCAGCAGGAUAAGGACCACACAGCAGCUGUUGGUGGAAGUAGUACUAGCAGGCUAGCGGCCACUUCCGACGGUGAAAAGCAAAAGCGCCUCGGCCCUGCGUGGAUCCAGCACCUGAACCAGGGGGACGUGAUUACGGGCAUUCGUCCCCGGUACAGGUCGCCAACGAAAUCCUCGAACAGCCAAAACUUCGCAUCCUCGCCGUCAAACAGGAAAAAAGCCAGCAAGUCCCACGGCCCG